UCGAAUUCUCUUAUAAGAUUCCCCUUAUUCUUUAUACUAAAAAAGGGUAAAAAAUUAAGACCUAUUAUUAACUAUAAAAAACUUAAUAAAAUUAUAAAAAAGAAUUAUUAUUUUUAUUACUUAUUACUAAGCUUAGAAAUCUAUUUUAUAAAGCUAACUAGUUUACUAUUAUAA